AUGUAUAGGUCAAGCCUCACCCCUCCAGGUACUCAUGCUAACAUGGACACUCCAGUCGCACACCACUUCGAGAUGACUCCUCCUAGCAUCAAGCUAAGUCCCCUCCAGGCCUUCUGUCGCCCUGGUGACCAUGACAAAGCCGAAGUGCAUGACUGUCCUUGGGAUGUGGAGCAUUUCCCAGAAUGGCUUCAGGUCUCGUCAUUUUAUCAAGACAAAAAGCCAAAGAGCCCAGAGGCAAGCACUGUGAAGAAGGAGGACAAGGGAAAAAAGAAGGGCAAAGGAAGAAAGAAAGGCAAGGGAAAAAAGAAGGGCAAAGGAAAAAAGAAGGACAAAGGAAAAAAUCCUAUGCCACAGUGUACCCCAAUCGUCGGCACAUCUUGCUAUAACCCCCAUAGUUCAAGCGUCGAUUCCGAGUCUUCUUCAUCCGGUACAUCAGGCAGCAUGAUGCACGCCGGCACCUUCAUGUGGCCGAGACUAUGGGCAACCACUUCCGAGGCAUCUACUCCGAGUGAGAGUUCAAGCACUCCGAGUGAGUAUUCAAGCACUUCGAGUGAGAGUUCAAUCACUCCGAGUGAUAGUCCAAACACUCCGAGCGGGAGCCGAAAUCCUUCACCGUCGCCUAUGCUCCCGGCCAGCGAUCCCGCGCCAAUUUUCCCGCUUGCACAGGCAGUCAAUCUAGGUGGAGGGUAUAAACCAGCCGGUUCUGACAAGCGAUUCCCCUAUGGGCGUGCUUUCCGAGGAGUAGGAGGCUGGUGGUACUAUCAAGUGCCCACUUUCGAUCUUCCCAUACGGCUUCAUCCAAGAUAUGCCACUGGCUUUGGCAGGCCAUCCUUUCCGUUUCCGAGCCCGCACCAGCCGCCCAUACCACGGGGAAUGAAUAAAGCAUCGGUUUUCAAAGAAAUGCAUCAGCACAUAUUUGAAAUCUUUCAGGGAUGGAAAUUUACUGCCGUCGAAGUCGCACGAUAUCCCUACGUCAACACAAAUGAGGCAAUUCCUUUCGGCGGGCUUCCAUCGUGGGAGUAUAGAAUUGAGACAAUAUGCUAUCUUCCAGCAAAAGACGAUGGCACCGAGGGAAUUCCGCCACUUCCACUAUCGGUUCCAAAUGUGCCGAUUUUGGAUUUGGAUCAGCACAUCGUGGGUAACUAUGUGCCCCAUAUUAACGCCUGCAGAGCCGAUACCUACAGAUACUGCUCCGUGCAUCUCUAUUUCAGUUCGAUGCAGGGCAGAGGCGACGCCAAGUGCUUCUCAUAUCACAACGACAAGAUGUAUUUCAACCAAAUGAUAGAGCUACAGCUGGACGUUGAGUCGUUGGCCCGUAGAGUGGCCGUUGCUCUGGCGCUUCUGCAUUGGGUCGCCUGCAUCGACGCCCGUGGAGUCCAAUUUUUCCUGUUUAGCUCAUGGAAGAGCGUUAAGAGCCAACUCUCACAAGCUGGUUCUCUCCCUCAAGGCCACACCAUACUCCGGGUCGGUCACUUUGAGAAAGCCCGGACAAUCGAAAUGAAUGAAGACGGCGUGCAGUUGGCUGUGGAAGCUGUGAAGCAGAGCUACUACAUCCCAAGACCGAAUCAGAGGCUGUCGAUCCAGAAGCGGACGUGGGACGCUUUUGUCUCCAGCUACAUUGCGGCCUCGGAUUAUAUUCUGAGACAGAGGGGAGAGAGACUACGUUUGUCGCGCUGCUUUAUUAACCAGGUAAUGAACGAGGAGCGGGAUUGGUGGCGCCUAAGCUGA